UUAUCAGUAGCCGGCAAACUGCGUACAUUGCCGGGCGUCCAGAUAAAGGAUUUGCAGUUUGUUUAUAUGCAUUGCAUGGCGUGAGGUGCGGGCGGGGCGCGUCAGUGCGCGCGCGAUGCGUCCGGCGAUGCACGCGUGCUUGGCCGCUGAUGCGCAGUAGAUCAUUGUCCACGACAAGAUUCGCACUAUGGCUGAUUGGUCUAUGCUCGAUCGCGAGUGGCCACCCGACCUAUCCAUCGAUAACUAUUCCUACGGUCUAAACUUGUACUAUCAAGAGAAGCAGUCGAUGUCCGAAUACCUGCCGCCGCACGCGCAGCAAUACCAGCCGUUGCCGCCUCCGCCGCCGUCGCCCACGGUCACGCUGUUGCUCUCGCCGUCCCAACUGCCUCCCGCUCCUUGCGCUUCUGCCUUCAAUGAGUACGCUGUCGUGCCUAAGCCAGACAAUCCUCGUGAGAUCAGGAACAAGGCAGAGAAGCAGCGGCGGGACAAGCUGAACCACUCAAUCGCUGAGCUGGCAUCUUUGGUCCCGCCGGUGGUGGCUACCAACCGCAAGAUUGACAAGACUGGUAUCCUCAGACUUACUGCCCACUAUUUAAGAGCUCAUCAGUAUGUGUUUGGCGAAUCAAUCGGAAGAUUCCCGCGCGAGUUUCGUUCAGAAUCAGCGCGUGCAGUACUCGGCCUGCUUAAUGGGUUCCUGCUCACGACCACCUACAGGGGUCUCAUCGUAGUUGUCUCACAGAACGUGCAGAACCACCUUGGAUACACAGAGUUGGAUCUCCUCGGGCAGAACAUUUUCAGUAUAAUUCACGUAGAAGAUCAGCAGACUUUGAAAGAUAACUUAAUGCCUAAAAGCUACAUGCUGGGGUCUAAUGGAGAACUGCUGGUGCCAGAUGAACCGGAUGGUGUACAGAAAGUCUGUGAAGCACUGGCGAGGGAGAAACGUCAAUUUGUUAUAAGAUUCAGAAAACAUACGCAACGUUCGGAACCGAUACAGUAUGUGCGAUGUGUCGUGGAGGGUAGCCUGAGGAAGUCGGAUCGGGCGUGUCGCGGUCUCACUCGCUGCUGUCCUGUCCGCCGUGCCCGCGCCCGUGGCGAUAAUCCUUGCGCCAGUGGCAACGAUGUCGUAUUCAUUGGCGUUGUACGUCCUAUCGCCGAGACUUUUAUGACAGAAAGCUCACUCGAGUCCUUCAGGAUGGAGUACCGCACCCGUCACUCGAUUGACGGCCAAAUAAUGGAUUGUGAGCAACGCAUUGCCCUUGCAACUGGAUACAUGACCCACGAGGUGUAUGGAGUCAAUGCUAUGAACUUCAUGCACCGCGACGAUGUCCGCUGGGUCAUCAUUGCGCUUCGAGAAAUGUAUGAUCAACAUCGGUUAGUCGGCGAAUCUUGCUACCGUCUAAUGACAAAGAGCGGACAAUUUAUCUACAUGCGAACAUGUGGACAACUUGACGUGGAUGAAGACUCCCGCGCCGUUCGCAGUUUUGUUUGUACCAACACUGUCGUCGAAGAAGCUGAAGGCAAGCACCUUAUCAAAAUGAUGAAAAAGAAAUUUAUGCUAAUGAUAAACAAUAUUGACGAAGCGCCGCCUGAAGAGGAAUCACUAGAGGGAAACGAGAGCAAAUUGACUGUUGAGGAUCCACGCGCUUUAGAAAAGGUCAUUUUGCACCUGGUGACCAACCUGCCUUCUCCGAAGCCAGAGAAUGUGAGCCCAUUGCCUGAUAAAGGUGAUUCUUCCACACUCCCUCUGGCUAUAAUCCCUCCAAAGAAAGAACGCAUAAUAAGUGCUAUUGAUAAAAUUUAUAAUGUUAUUAACAUUUUUACUAAAGAUAAUGGUUUAUCACCUACUAAAUACCAAAAAAUGGAUUAUAAAAAUACAAAUUCUGAUUACAAACCCGGUGAAGACGAAAUGCAGAACAGAGUAGAUUGUGAAACAGACGCACCAGAACAUAUAGAAGAAAAAGAGCUUUCGCAUAGACAACUUGACGAAAUUACGAAAUUUGAACCCCUAAACGUAACGUCCAGGAAUAUUGAGUCCGAAGGGCGCUUGUACCGUUUCUUCCUGAGUCGAAACCGUCCAAUGGACCCAUCGAAAUCACCACCCCCCGUUACAACCCAAUCGGGGGUUGCAAACAGCCCAGUGCCAGUUUCUAAUACACGCAGUCAGUCUCAAGUGAAGGAUAAUCGAAAUGAUAGCUUGGUGAUCAACGUGCCAUCAUCAAAUGAACAGCCUGUGUCGGCCGAAGUAGAACCCAUCCCCGGACCGUCAGGUAUUAAACGACGAAGUCAUGAACAAAACAAAAGAAGAGAUGAGCAAAAAAAAAUACGAAAGACACCUACUUCCAAAUCGAAUGCCCUUAAGAGAGUAGACAAGGUUCAUACUUCAACUACAACAUCCACAAGCUGGGUUGAAGUAAGAACAAUACCAACCAUCACUCAAACUCUAGUAUCAUUAAUUGUACCGGUUGCUGUCUACCCGUCUGCGUCGGUCAGUACCUCGAUCACGCAGCUCGAUCUGCAACACGAACCGUUGCUGCUCCAGGUGCAGCCCGUACCCCAAAUCGUACUGCAAGCACUAGCACCCUUGAUGUCACCCUCGACAACGGAAAAUCAGUUAGACGCAGCCGAAACGCCUGAACAGGCGUUAAAAGAUUUGGGAGAAUUUCCAGUAGAAAAUAUAAACGAACAAGAACCUGAACAAGCUGUAGUUGCAGAAGAAAGCAAUGCUGACGAUAUACUGAAUGGUCUUUCUCCUGAAGGACUAGAAGCUAUCGACAAAGCCGCUAUAAAUGUGCGUAUUAAAGAUUUUGCCUCUAUUGAUGAAUCUGAACUACCACUACUAUUGAAAUAAAAAAAAUCAGAGGUCCGUUAAUAUUCAUUUUAACUUUUCUGUCUACGUUCUUAAUUUAUUUAUCUACAAACCAUUUACUGUAAUAUACGUUAAAAAGCGUUAUAAUAGUUUUCUAAGCAAUUUGUGCAAAUUCCUUCUCCAAGGAUAAAUAUGGAAGCAACCUUUGGUAUGGUUACUUAUUGGGGAGGACAGCUUUUAGCUACUAACCUAAAGAAAAGAAGCCAAGAAGAAAUUUAAAACCAUUUCAUAGUUAGUUUGUUAAAGCUCAACGUAGCGUCCUUUCAGUCUUUUUUUCACUAAUAAAUGAGUCCGCUAAAACAUUUGUCGAAAUAAAAAUGUAAAUAAUUUACAAAACAUUUUUAAGAUCUCACUGUAAUCUUGGUCUGUGCCAGACGUUCUAGAUUAGCCCCACACAAUUUUCUGUAGUGUGUCGUCAUUCAGACUUUUUCUGUCCGUAAUUUUACUAACCAGAUUUAAUUUAAUCGUACCUUGCGAACUCAUCUAUCCCGCAGCUCCCCACGAGCUAUCGAAGUUUCUUUAAUUUUUUUUUAUUAUAGCGUCACCAACUACUACGAAUUGAUUAAUACGGUAGUCGUUAUAUCUUAGCUGUGCAUCUGAAACGUGCAUUUCAUGAAUUACAUUUGAAAGAAUUAAUGAAAAACUUAAACUUUUGCCUGUCCCUACAUCUACUGUAUUUAUAUUAUUAUAUUACUAGAACUUUU